AUGCUCAAUUUGAUUGAAAUCAUUCGUUAUCCACAUUCCACCUUUGAAAAUUGUCCCAAGCCAUUCAUCACCAGCCAAUCACACCCAUCUUGCCAGUCUGUGGUAGAGAUGGGUAUCCUCUACUUGGCAUGCCAGAUCAAGGUAGCCUCUGUACAUCUGAAGCAGACUGCUGAUAUCAUGGGAUGGCCCACACAUUGGUUUGCAAACCUAGCCAUGGACUUGAAUCAGCUUAAUAGCUUGAUUCUGGUGACAGUGUUGUGUGCCAGUUAUACUCCUCCCCUCCCAGUGUGCUACCAUGCAUACCUCAGACACCAAGAUGAUGAGCUAAUUCCCCUUAGUGCAUUUUGCAUAAUCAACAAUAUCAGCACCAUCAUCCUGCAUUGGACCCCACAUGCAGCUGAUCCCAAUUCCAGCUUUGCAUUCCCUUGGUGGCUAUAUCAUUCUGAGGAAUAUGCAGUGGAUUCCCAAAGAUUGCAAGGCAAGGGAUUGUUUUCUGCAGCCUGGGAUUUUUUUAAGUUGAUGAUGGCCCAGGGCUUAUGGCCAUUGCUUGAGGCACCAAUCACAGACCAUCUUGAUGGCCAUAUUGAGGAGCAGAAAUAUGCCAAUGUUGUCAACAGUCAGGGUCAACAAAUUGACCAUUUCUACACUAGGUGCUCUGAGUACCUGCCCAAUCUAUGA